AUGGACCAAAAGGUAUCCUAGCAUUGGAUAUUUUGUUGUGCUCUUAGAGGUAGGAAGGAAAUAGCGAAGUCAGGUCAUUAUGAGAUAAAUCUAAAAAAGAUUGGAGAAACUAAUAGAGUGGAGGAAUUUUACAAUAAUCAUUGUUUUUUACAGAAAACAAGAACGUAAAAAGUGUUUAGAUGAACAGGGUGAAGUUAAUAACAAUAUUAUGAUGUUAUGAAAGGAUUAUAAACCAAUUGUGAAUAUUGUUUGAAUGGUAGAAUUUGGAUUAUCACUUUAAGAAAAAGGAAAAUGGAUUAUUGA